AUGGGCGACCUCGGCAGUUUUCUUGGCGCCUUGGACGGCGCAUCGGCGCGCGUGGCCGGUUGGCUCGAAGCCACGGUGACCGCGCUCAAGGGCCAAGGUGUGGCGACGAUCGCCGAUUUAGAGGGCGCGGCAUUCGAGGAUUUCUCUUUUGCCGACAAGGAGCUCGACGCCGCGCAGAAGCGCCUCGUGCGCGCGGGGAUCGCCGCGGCGAGAACGCCGGCGCCGGUGGCUGGGGGCUCGGCGGCGACCGCCCCUCCAGCGCCCUCGGCGGCGGAGAACGCGGCCGCCCUCUUGGCCGCGCUCAAGACGGGCACCAGCGAGGCGCAAGCGAUCUCGACGCGAUCUCGGGCUCGCGUGGCCCCGCGCGGCGCCUCCGACAUGCUUGACGCGUUGAACGCGGAAGUCUUGAAGCGGCAGAAGAAGGAAUCCAGCGAGGAAGCGCGCGUCUUCCUGUACUCGGACAUCCGCAAGUGGGUGCCCGAGUGGGCCCGCUCGGGCCCUCGCGAUUUCGAAGAGGAGGCUGGCGGAUCGUCCGGCGCCAGCAAGGACAUUCGUGACCUCGCCAAGGAAGUGGCGGCGGCGAAGAAAGGGCCCGAGAAGAAGGCCUACUUAACCUUCUGCCAGUGGCAACUGGCUUGGAACCGGUGCAUGGUCGCGCUGGUCGCCACGGGCCAGCUCACGUGGGCUGAGGUGCAGGCGCAUCGCGACAACUGCUUGAAGGUGGCGGUUCAGGCGGCGGCCUCGAAGCGCCGCGUGCACCUCGGUAUCGUGUGCGACGAGGAGGCGCGGAAGGCGCGCCCCUGCGUUCGUGCUUGCGCGGCGCCCUGCGUCUGUGCCGGCGCGUGGCAGCUAUGGGCCGAGCAGCUACGCUCGGGGGACCCAGAUUUCAAGCUGGGGAAGACGAUCCUGCGGGUCGACCCGCGCGCCCUACAGCUGGCGCGGGAUGCUUGCGACAAAGAAGACGGCGCCACCCACGCGACGGCACCGGCGGCCCGCGCUCCCGAGAAGGCGCGCGGGGCGGGCGGCGCCAGCCAGCCGUGGCGCGCCGCGCAGAGCUGGAGCAGCGGCUCCUGGGGCAGCGAUUGGCCGAAGGGCCAGAAGCGCGAGCGCUCGUGGGGCAGCGAUUGGAAGAAAAAGGACACGAGGCAGGACCCCCACUCGCAUGCUGGGACAUGCCGCGUGCGCUGUUGCCGCGGAGGCCGCUUCGCUUUCCGCGCCGCGCUGCGAGUGCCCGGCUUGGCCGCGGCCAGCCUGGGCGGGGCGUGCGGGGGGCCGCAAUUCAGGAGCGAUUGGUCUCGGCGUUGCAGCGACAGCGCGUGGCGCGACAUCUGCGUCGCGGCCGGCGGCUGUAGCGGCGGCGACGCGGAGAAACUUACCUUUCUGGCAAGGGCGCUGGACGGCGACCCCGCGCUCUGGGGCAAGUGGCGGCCCGCCGCGGCCUCGGCUUUGCCGCCCACGGCCGCUGAGGCAGUGCGGUGGGCCGCGCAGACCGCCCCCGCCGACGUGGUGGCUUUCCGCGAGGGCGAACUCGCGGCGCUUCGCGAAAGGGAUCGGGCUCUCCGGGCCAGUGGCGCCGUGGAAGAAUGGUUCCGGGGGGUGGACCCCGCCAUGCGGCGCGUCGCACAGCGCGUGAACGGGCCUCUCUGCGCAGAGAUCGCGGAGCGCAUUGCCUUCUGCGACCCAGGCUGCGUGGAAUUCUUCAGGACGGGGGCGCCCCUCGUCGGCGAGCUCCCGCGGUCGGGCCACGGCAGCCCAGAGGUGUUCCCUCCCCGUCUGGGCAUCGCGGAGCUGCUCGGCAACGCCGAGUCGACAAAUCGCGACAUUUCCUGUGGCCUCCGCGACGGCGCGCACGGCGACGCCAUCCUCCGCAAGACACGGGACGAGGCCGAGCUGGGGCGCAUCAGUUGCCCGGUGCCGCUCCGCGACGUGUGCCUGGACGGGGCCGUCAUCGCUCCGAGGUUUGCGGUUGAGCAGCUCCGUGAAGACGGGUCCUCGAAACUCCGGUUGGUCGACGACAUGACCAAGGCUAGGAUUAACGAGGCGACGCGGCCUCAGGAGCGGCUCCACCACGAUGCCGUGGACGCGCUUUUCGAAGCAGCUCGCAUCUUCCAGCGUCGCCGGGACAACCAGAUUCAGGGGCUGGAGCUCCUGUCUAUCGCGCUGGGCAUGUGCACCUUUGCAGGCAUUGCUUUCGCGUGCGACUGCCCGCGCCGGCGGGCAGGUUGCGACUUGCAUAUUUACAGCGACAAUACCGGCGCGGAGUCUUGCCUGCGGAAGGGCGCCGCGAAAUCCUUCGACCACUCGUGCAUCGUCCACUCCAUGUGGAGGCGCGCGGUGGAGCUCGACGUUGACCUCGCGGUUUUCCGCGUGCCCACGGCUGAGAAUCUGGCCGAUUUGCCUUCUCGGCGCGCCCGUGCGCGCCGCGCGGUGCUGCGGGCUGGCCGCGGGACGGCCGUCGCCUGGGCUGCUGAUUUCCUGGCUGAGAACGGCUUCGUACGAGCCUGCGAGCUCGCCAGUGCAGACGCCGCAGACCUGGAAGGUUGGCCGGUCACCGCGCAGGCGCCCGUCCCGAGCGUCCUCGACCAGCUGGGCGCGCCGGUCGCGCUGCCAAUGACGCGCGGGCCCCGGGCGGCGCUCGCCGAGGCCGCUGCUCGCCUCCGCAGUCCGGCGGACGCGGCCCGCUGGCGGGAGGAGGAACGCGUUCGCGCUAUGCUGCAACCAUGCGCACGGUCGCUCCCAAGCGUGAGAAGCGGCCUCAAAUGCUGGGAGGCCUACUGCAUCAGAAUGUUGAAAUACCCGUGCAUGCAGCUCCCGCCAGCCUGCGCGGACCUGGUCGCCUGGAGCGCCCUCUUUCGCUGCGGGGAGACGUACGCAAAUUACUGCAGCUACGUUAAGAUCGGCUGCCUCCUGACUGGGGUCUGCGUCGCCGUGUUCGACCGCCCCGAGGUCAGGCGUGCGCGCGCCGCCGUCCGGGCGCGGGCCGAUUGGACUCCGCGCCCGCGCUUGUUCAUCCGUAAGAGCGCGGUCGCCGCGCUGGUCGAGUUGGGCGCGCGCCGCCCCGAGUGGCUCCGCGCGUCGAUGCUUUUCCUUUUCGCCUACACGUUCUUGUUGCGCGUUCCCAGCGAGGCGUUGCCGGCCGUGCGCGUGGCCGACGCCGGCGACGCGCCGCCCUUUCAAGCGGCGCUAGUGCUGGGCAAAUCGGAGCUCACGCUGCUGCUGCGGCGGCGGAAGAACCGGCCGCAGGGCAGUCGCCUGUCGCGGAAGUGCUGGUGCUCAUCGUGCCGCGCCACGUGCCCCGUGCACACCCUGGGCCCCUGGGUGGCGCGUUGCGGGCUGGGCCGCGGGCUCUUCGGAGGCAUCUCGGCGGCUGCUGCGCUGCGGACCCUGCGCGAGAUGCUCGCUGCCCUCGGUGUCCAGGGGGACGUGUUGAGCCCCGUCCCCAAGGGGUUCGGCCGCUCUGGCAGCUUCCGCGACUCGAUGUGUGCGGCGCCCCUGCCGGAGGACGUGUUGAGCCCCGUCCCCAAGGGGUUCGGCCGCUCUGGCAGCUUCCGCGACCCGAUGUGUGCGGCGCCCCUGCCGGAGGACGUGUUGAGCCCCGUCCCCAAGGGGUUCGGCCGCUCUGGCAGCUUCCGCGACCCGAUGUCGAUGUGUGCGGCGCCCCUGCCGGAGGGGGAGAUGUCGGUCCAGCCCGUCGACUUCCAGCCCACCGAGACUCUCGAGUCGGACAGGUCCGGGACCAUCUCCGUCUGUGGGCAGAGGACGCCCAGCAAGGGGCGCUUCGGGCCGCUGGACUCGGUUUUCAGCAGCAGUUCGUCCCAGACGCGUAAGUGCGGCCCCACGCCGUCAGGCGUCAGCGCCAGCGAGGAGAACCUGCCUACGCCGGAGGGCAUGCCGACGGGGCUCCUCAAGGUGCCUGGGCGGCGGCACUCGCGCGGGAGCCAGAUGAGUUUGAGCCCGCGCGGCUCUGUCAAAUCGGCCACGGACAGCGUCCGUCGCACCUCUCCACCGAUACUCAAGAAGUCCGCGAGCAUGAUACAG